AUGCCCAUGCUCUGGGAUCUCGCUGUCCCUGUCGUCCUGCCCAACGCAGAUCGCACAAGAAGUCUCGAAAUGGCUGCCAAAAUUGCAAGCAGCGAAGGAUCAAGCUUUGAUUCCGCAGGCAAUGCAGGAACAAAAACACUGGUCGUUCCUACUGGCUCACGCAAACGAGGCCGGCCCCUUAAGUGGGCAUCAAGUCCCGACACUUCCACCCAAGCUUUAGCGCCAGUUCCCAUCGACCCCAAGCUCUCCUCGCCCGAGACGCCGAGCCAGCAAAGCUUGCCUUUGAAUGUUGACGAUCUUCGACUUUAUCAUCACUACAUUACCGUGACCUCACUCACUUUUGGAGAUGACGUCAUGUGGCGUGAUAAAAUCCCACGCCUCGCUUUCGACAAUCCUUAUAUCCUUCACCUGAUGCUCGCUCUUUCUGCGCUCCAUCUAGCGCGACUUCGGACCAUGGAAGCAACCAAGUAUGAGCAAUUGGCAGAGCAACAUCACUCUAUAGCUCUAUCUCAUGUUACCAACUUGCUUCCUCAAAUCAAGCGAGAAAAUUGCUCAGCAUUAUACAUUGCCACUGUACUUGUUUGUAACUACGCCUUUGCAAAGCCACCUAAAAAUGGCCACCUCCUUGUUCAACGUGAUGCGACUGAAACCGCUUGGUGGAAUCUCUUUCGUGGCGUUCGCUUCGUCAUAGAGACCAUGGGUUUAGCGGCGAUAUUUUCAGGUCCUAUUGGUCCCUUUCCCCCGGAAACCACGUCAAAUGUACCACCGCCCGUGGGUAGAGCUGGAUACAUCGCUUGGGAAAAGCCUCUCGCCGACUUGAGUAUGAUGAUUCACUAUUCUCAAUCCUCAGGGCUUCCAAAUCUAGUCGAAAUUUGUGAGGCUCUUAUAUGCUGUUUUAGUGGUGUCUUUGGAACCGCCGAGCAGCCUCAAGAUGUUACGCAUGGGAAAAUGCAUGUCGUUAUGCGAUGGUUAUGGUUCUUAGAAGAUGACUUUACAAAGCAGGUCGAGAAACUGAAUCCCCAAGUUCUAGUUCUACUAGCUUACUUUUCUGUACUGGUUCAAACGUUAGAAUGCUUUUGGUAUAUGCGAGGGUGGGGUUAUCGCAUUUUGGAGAGCAUCGCGGAGCAGCUUGACCCAGGUUAUGCUGCAUGGAUAAUUUGGCCAAGGGAUCAGUUGGAACUGGGUUGCCCUAACGAUUUAUCUAGCCUGGACUGA